AUCUCUUCCGGAUCCCUGGCGCACGCUGUCCUUCCGCGGGUUUGUUAAGAAGCGAAGACUUUACGAUUGUAAUAGUCCUUCUCUAAAACCACACACACACACACGCAACAUGAGUAAAGCGCAUCCACCGGAGUUGAAAAAGUUCAUGGACAAGAAACUUUCGCUGAAGUUGAAUGGAGGCCGGCAUGUGCAGGGCAUCCUCCGGGGUUUUGACCCCUUCAUGAACCUGGUGGUGGACGACUGUCUGGAGAUGGCUCCGGGAGGACAGCAGAACACCAUCGGCAUGGUGGUCAUCAGGGGGAACAGCAUCAUCAUGCUGGAGGCGUUGGAACGAGUAUGAGGGUGAAGGUGGCAGCUGCAGCUGGAGAGAAGAAGCAACACCUCUUUACAUUCUAUCAUCACUUUUUAUUUCUUUAUUAAGUAGCAAGACCUUUGUUUGACUUGUUUGACUCAUCCAUUGACACUGUUUUGAAUUGUGUUUUUUGUGAAUAAAUCGGUUUUUCCUUUGUA